CGGGCCAGCGCCAUCCGUUGCGGUCGGCCAACCUACGCACAAGGCCGCCGGCCUACAGGUACAGGCUGCAGCCAGGAGAGGGCCCAGCCCGAGCAAGUCGCGCGCGACGCGCUUCCCGUGAUGAUCUGCUUGAUGGCGAAGCACGGAGAUCCCACGAUGCAGAAGCGCCUCGGUUUGUUGGUAAAGGGUGGCCAUAUCGAGCCGCCUGCUGGCAUUCCGUCACGUAUGAGAGUGGGAGCUGUGGCGUCGGCGAUAACUUUCACGAGGAAAAGCCGCGCCCCCGCGUGCGCGCUGCACUGGCGCGGCUGCCAUGCCCGCAACAUUGCCGCGCGGCGUCAGCCUAUCUGUGGGCUCCCCGGAUGGCUUUUGUGCGUAGCCUUGUAGAUGCGAGCGUCAGCGCCGGGCCCCGCGGCGGC